AUGGAUUCAUCGUUAGAAACUAGUACUCCUAUUUGGGCAUGCCAAACAAAUGCGAAUCCUUUUGAUUCAAACGGGCCCGAAGAGUGGACAGAUUAUCCAGCUGACAUCUCCCAUCAUAUUGAAUGUGCUUAUCAGUGUGGUAUUUGUGAGAUAAGUAUUCGAACUGGAUAUCGAAUCGAUUUUGCACAUGAACGACAAAUACACAAUAUCGAUUCAUUUCGACAACGUCCUAUUCGGCGUCGUUGUCAAGUGUACGAUAAUCCAAUUCUCAACACUGAAUAUAACCAUGAUGAAGCAUCCAGCAUGAAUAAUCGACUCGACUUUCCUCUUGAAUCAGAUAAUGUCAUCGAAGAUACACAUUAUCAGGGCUCUCGUUUCAUUAUGGAUUGGCUUGUAACAGAAUUUAAAAGUCCAUCAAAUGUGACAUUUAAUCGUAUUCUCAACCUCUUAAUAAAAGGUAUUGAAAUAGAAGGAAAGAUACAGGAAGAGCCAAGGCUGCAAGAAAUAAUUGAACGGCUUUGGGAAGUCGCUGACAAUAGUUCAAUUGGUAGCAACAGUGAACAUAUGAAAACAUUGAGAGAAGUAUGUAUCACUUUGUACACCGACCACACUUUUCUUUACCGCAAAAUCAAUGAAAUUCUUCGAGAUAAUGAUCGAACUAAGAGAGAGACAAUGGCACCUUACUGCUUUCUCUUAUAUGACUAUAUCGGUAGGCACCCGACUGAUAAUGUGUCAAAACUACGUCGUUUGUGUCAAACGCUUCAUUUGAAAAAGAAGAAACCCAUGGUAGUUUAUCGUGGAGAUACGGUAUCAACAAAGAAACUUGAUGAAUAUCGUCAAGCGGCUGGGAAUAAGAAGAAAUGCUUCAAAUGGUCAUGUUUCGUAUCGACGUCAACAGACAUUAAUGUGGCUAGCGAAUUCGCCAAAAAUGUUCUUUACGAAAUCGAUCUUGGUCGAUACAGAUGGAAUGAUCAAUUCGCCAAUAUAUCAAACUUAUCAGUUUUUCCAGGAGAAAAUGAAAUACUUCUAAGACCAGGUGUUCGUUUUUGUGUCGACAAGGUUGAAACACAUUCGACGAUUGCUUGUGAACUUGUGUUUGUUCAUGUUCUUCCAUCAUACAUAUCAACUGUGUAA